CGGCGGGGUGUGACUCUCUGACCGGUCGUGAAGUCGUUGGUCCUCCCUGGAGGUGUCUCUCUCUCUCGCUCUCUCUGCUGCCCGCCCUCACAUCACUUGUUCUCGGCUGUCAGGAUGUCUCCGUCCCCGCGCUGCUUCACGGAGCGGGAGGUGUCCCGGCACCGCACCAAGGACUCCUGCUGGGUGCUGCUGGGGACCCGGGUGUACGACGUGACCGGCUUCCUGCGGAUGCACCCGGGCGGCGAGGCGCUGAUCCUCCGCCGCUCGGGCCACGACGUGAGCCCGGAGAUGGAAGGACCCCCGCACCGGCACUCGGAGAACGCGCGGCGGUGGAUGGAGCAGUACUACAUCGGGGAGCUGGACCGGAGCAGCGGCGGCGACAAGGCGCAGACCCUGAGAGAAAGGAGGAACGCCACCGAGCAGACAGAAGGAGCGGUGGCCGACAAGACGACGGACAGGAAAGAGGAAGAGGAGGAGGAAGAGGAGGAUCAGAGCGACGCAUACAACCGCUGCAGCCCUGUCGACCUGGAUAAGGACUUGGUGGACUGGAGGAAGCCUCUGGCGUGGCAGGUGGGACACCUGGGAGAGAAAUAUGAUGCCUGGGUUCACCAGCCGGUCGACCGACCAAUCAGACUGUUCGGAAACUCCUUACUGGAGGCCGGCACCAAGACGUCCUGGUAUUGGGUACCAGUGGUGUGGCUCCCUAUUGUGUUUUAUCUCAGUUGGUACUGCUUCACAACCCUGGCACAGGGCACCACACGGAUAGCCCUCACUUCAGACAUCUCACUCUCGAUCCACAUGUCCAUUUUCCCGCUGCUCUUUCUGCUGGGCUGGUUCUUGUGGUCACUUGUCGAGUACUGCAUCCAUCGCUUUGUCUUUCACAUGAAGCCGCCGGCCCAUAACUACUACCUCAUCACGUUACACUUCCUGCUGCACGGGCAGCACCACAAGUCUCCGUUUGACGGCGCCCGGCUGGUCUUCCCCCCCGGCCUGGCCUCCCUGGUGGUGGGGAGCUUCUACGUCCUCCUGCAGCACACGCUCCCAGAGAUCCUCGGGACGUCCGUGUUCGUGGGCGGACUCUGCGGCUACGUGGUGUACGACAUGAUCCACUACUACCUUCACUACGGCUCGCCCAAGAGAGGCUCGUACAUGUACGGCCUGAAGGCGUACCACGUCAAACACCACUUUGAGCACCAGAGGGCAGGAUUUGGAAUCACCACCACGUUCUGGGACCACCCCUUCAACACAGUCAUCCCCGAUGAGAAGUUCUAACGCAGACCCGGCUCUCGUGAAGGGCCACAGGACUUGUCCCCCCCCCCCCCCCUCCCACACCCUUCU